AUGGACUUUUCAUCUUCUAAACCUGCAGAAGUUCCAAAACAAGAUUUAGCUGGACUAAUGGAAGCAGCACAAAAAGAUCUUUUUGGUUAUUUGGAAACGCCUCCGGUGACUUCUGAUGAUUCGAAUCAUCUUAAGCAAAUCCUAAUGCCAACAACCACAAGAAUGUUCCAAUGUGAAUUUUGUAUAAAUAAAUAUAUGCAGUAUGGAACAUAUAUGGCUCAUCGAAAUGCUCAUUUCAAUAUAAAUGUGCAUAAGUGUGAUUUUUGUGAGGAGACAUUUCAGAAUAGUUAUUUGCUAAAACGGCACAUUUGGAUCCACUGGGACAACAAAAAUCAGCCAUUUCCAUGUGUUUUGAAGGGUUGUCAUAUGCAUUGUCCAACUAUUUUAAGCCUGAAAUCCCAUUUAAAAUACACCCAUAGACUUUCUGAAUAUAAUGUUCAGAAAUGCAAGAUUUGUCUUUCCUCACAAUUGAAUCCCGAAGCAAUGUUAGGCCACUACUACUGGGAUCAUGUGAGGAAUGCUCCUAUCAACGGUCCAGUAAAGAAUAAGCUUGUCAAUGAGCCUUCUUCUCCGGAAAGCGGACUUUCGAACUAUGUGCUCCCUGAAUAUAAUUCAUUGUUCAACUGUUCACAAAGUCUGCUAAACAAUGGACCAUCAACGAAUGCUCCUACCAAAGUGCCAGCUCAGAAUCAGUAUGUCAAUGAGCCUCCCACCUCAGAAACCGGUCCUUUGAACCCUUUGAUCCCAGAAAACAACCUAUUUCUCAACGUUUUGAAGUUUCUGCCAACUAUGAACAAUGCUAAACUAGAGGAGUCUUAUCCAAUUCAGCCCUCGGAUUCCGUCUUACAAAUUAGCCCGGAAAAAGGCCUUCACUGGGUUCAUCGUAGUGAAAUUGCUCAGAUAAACAUGCCACCGAUUGAUCCAGCACUUGUCCAGAAUCUAUUGGAUCAAUUUAGAGCUUCGAAUUCUUGA